UUACGAUCUCAUAAUUCUUCACACAAGCAUCCUAUAAAGCAACAUACAUAUACACUAGCUAUAGCCUGUAGCUUAUACAAUGAACUCUUGAAUUUACCAUACAUAUUAACCGGAUUGUUUUAAGAUAUCGAGACGAUGGCGUUGAACUGGGGACCAGUGUUAAUGUCGGUCAUUCUGUUCAUCACAUUGACACCCGGAGUACUGUGCCAGCUUCCGGGGAAGACCAAAGCGGUUGAGUUUGGCGGAUUUCAGACAAGCGGCGCAGCUAUAGUCAUCCACACUCUUAUCUUCUUUGCAUGCAUCACAGUCUCCCUUAUUGCUCUUCAUAUCAACAUAUACGCUUCCUAAUCAAUUUAACAUUGCCGUGUCCCUCAUUGCUAGCUGCAUCCUUAAUUUUAUAUCCGAAU